AACGAGAACCAAACAAGAUCAGAGUCGUCCAUUAAAUCCGAUCUCCAUUAUCGGCCCUUUUCUGACAUUCUUCAGUCUGACGUGGCACUUAAUUAACUGCAUUUGAAAUCCGUGUUUCAAGUCCGGAACUUUGAAAAUAUUGAAGCUCAUUUGUCCCAGAAAUUAAAAAAUAAAAAAAAAAACUCACUAAACACUCUGCUUUCGGUCAACUUUUGAAUGGUAACAACGAGCUCGUAAAUCACAAUACUUAAUUCCGUUUCCGUAGUCUUUUUGGUAUUCCAUCCUACAACUUUGGAAGGCCGGGGAAAGAAGUGUUGCCGUGUAAAACAUUUACUUUGAAUUGGAUUGGUUAUGGGUGAAGAAGAAACAAAGACUGAAGUCCCUGAGCUGGUGGCUAAUGGGACUUCUCGGCUGGGGAAACCUGGUGAAGCUGUAGCUGAGAAAACAGUAGAAGAAAAUAAUGGGGUAAAGGAAAUGGAAGAAGAUAAGAAAGAUGGUGGAAAAGUUGAGACUGAGAAGAUGGAUGAAGACCAACAGCUCAAGGAAGGAAAGGAAAGCAAAAUAAAACUGGAAAAAGAAGAAAAGGAGGAACCAAAAACUGAAGCAAUGGAAGAAGAAACCUAUCUGAAAGAAAAUGACAAGAAAGUUGAAAAGGAGGAAAACAAAGAUGAGGUGGAGGAGAAAAUAGAUGGGUUGAAAGAAGAAGAGGUGGAAGAAGAGAAGGCUGAAGAGAGCAAGGAGGAAAAAGGUAGAAAGAAGCGUGGGAAAAUUCAAAACAGUGGGGAGAAAGUUAAAGGGAAGGCAAGAAAGGUGGAGGAGAAGAAGGAGCCGGAGCAAAGAACUCCUCUCACAGAUCGCCCUGUGCGCGAGCGUAAAUCUGUUGAAAGGCUGGUUGCAUCUAUUGACAAAGAUGCUUCUAGGGAAUUCCAAAUUGAAAAGGGUCGUGGUACUCCACUUAAAGAUAUUCCUAAUGUGGCAUUCAAGUUGUCUAGAAGGAAGACUGAUGACACUUUCAGACUGCUUCAUACUAUUCUUUUUGGAAGGAGAGGGAAGGCAGUUCAGAUCAAGAGCAAUAUAUCCCGAUUUUCUGGUUUUGUGUGGCAUGAAAAUGAGGAAAAGAAAAAAAUUAAAGUAAAAGAAAAGUUCGACAAGUUUAAUAAAGAGAAGUUGUUGGAGUUCUGUGAUGUGCUGGACAUACCAAUUACGAAGAUUACUACGAGGAAGGAAGAUAUCAUUGCAAAGCUGAUAGACUUUUUGGAGGCCCCUCAUACUACAACUACUGUUCUACUUGCUGAAAAAGAUAAGUCAAGUAACAGUAAAAAGCGCAAAAGGUCAACCAAGUCCGGGACCACAUCAAAGCGAUCAACAAAGAGUCGAAGAAAAAGUGAUGAUACUCCAAAAUCAGCAAAAAAGAGUACACCUGAUUCCGAGGAUGAGUCUGAAGAUGAAGAAAAGGAGGAGGAAGAGGAAGAGAAUGAAGAAGAAGAAGAAGAAGAAAGUGAAAAUGGCGUUACUGAAAAAUCUGAGGACAAGAUGCCUGAGGAUUCUGAAAGUGAGGAGAAACAUGAAUCUGAAGAUGAAUCUGAAGAUGAAUCUGAAGAAGAUGUAGGGAAGAGGAAAAAGAGUUCAAAGGUACCAUCCAGAAAGAAGGAAUCUGCUGGAAAAGCUAAAACCAAGAAAGUCAUAGUUCCUAAAAGGUCUACUACACCACGGAAAAGAACUCCAAAAACACCAUCAUCUAAAAGCUCAAAGGCUGAUGAGGACAGUGACAAAAGUCCAAAGGUGUCUUCAAGGAAGAAAACAGAGAAAGUCACAAAAGAAAAGUCCUAUACACCAACUAAAUCUGCCUCCGAGGAGAAAACCGGCAAAAAGGUUGCAAAAGGAAAGGACAAAGCUAACGAGGAGAAAUUGAAGCCAAGUGAUAAUGAACUAAGGACUGCAAUUUGUCAGAUUCUUAAGGAAGUAGACUUCAAUACGGCGACAUUCACAGACAUUCUGAAGCAACUUGCUCAACAGUUUCAUACUGACCUCACCCCAAUGAAGUCAUCUAUAAAGCUCAUGAUUCAGGAAGAGCUUACCAAACUAGCUGACGAAGCAGAUGAUGAAGAUGGAGAAGGCGAUGCCGAGAAAGAUGAAAAUCGGUCUGCUGGUCAAGCUGUUGCAGCUGCCUGACCUAAAAGAUGAAAAAUAACUCCACAGAAAUAGUGUAGUUAUUUGUGUCUUGUGCCAUUAUGUACUUUUAGCCGUUACUUAGAAGCCUAGCUUGUAAUUUAUUGUUGCUUUUUUUUUUUUUUUAUGGGGAAGUUAACAUUUAUCAAAUAUUAGAGCUGGAACUACCCAUCUGUGCUGCAGGGUUGCAGCUUGAUAUGUACACCAUUAACAUAAUCUGUAGGAAUUUUCCAAUCUGAGAACCAUGUAUUUUAAAUUAUAGAACCCAGUUUUUCAUUUUCCUCUGUAAUGCAAACCCUGGUAGCAUACUUAAUCACUGAGGUGUGCUUUGCUCAUGUUACACUUUCACUGCAUGAUCUUUUGACAUAUAAGAAGCCAUAAUCUGGAGAUAAAAGAGAAAUUAUUGCC